AUGAAAUCGGAAGAUAAAAUCGCUAACAUUGUGUGGUUAUUUUCAUUGGUGCUGUUGCUGCCGUAUUGGGCGCCAAGAGGUCUCCUGGUGGCGUUGGGUGGCGCGUGGCUAAUGGCAGCAUAUACCUGUUUAGUGGUGCCCGUUCUAAUAUCAGCAAACUAUCACUAUCCAGCGAGAUGGUAUCCCGCUGUAGCGAGACUUGCACAAGAAGUCGCCCGUAGACUUCGAGCACCAGGGGCGUGCCUUUUGGGCGUUGUUAAGACUGUGUACGCGCCACUCGAGCGUGCCGAACGACUUUUUUUGCAGAUGAACAAUCUUUCCACAAUGAUUAGCCAGUUACUGGUAUUUACUGCGUGCGACCGACUUUUCGUGUCCCAAGGAAGACUGACGUGCCUCUACUCGCUCAUGUUUUACAACGUCAUCACAUAUUCAGUUAAUUACGUGCGAGAAAUAUGCACCAAAGAAGACUGGUCACCAUACGUCAAUGUCACCCGACAUUCCCGUGUCAAGCACCUCGCCAUGUCAGCCACAAAAAUUGUCCUCGAAUGGACUAAAGCUGUUACCUUCAUAGUGACAGUCACCUUUAUUCUCCUCACGCUUGGUCUUGAACAAGGGCUGGAGCAUUUUCGACCUACAGCAUUAUACAUAGCUAUUACCGGCACUUAUUACCUUCUAACAGAAAGAACUUUCCUUGAAUUGUGGCCCAUCGCGUUGUCUGCAAUGAAGUUGGAGAGACUGGAGGGUAUGGAGGCGCUAUAUUGUGGUGUUUGGGCUAGAGGUGUGACCACGGCGCUGGCUGUACCAUUGGUGCCGGCGUUGGCGUGGUGGGAACGUUGGAGGUUGUCCUUUCUAGUUUUAUACGUGUGUGUCUUUAUUCAUGGAAGGCAUAGGUUAGGGGAGGCACUUGUUAAAAUGAAUGAAGCUUGUGAUUCAUUGGCGAAGUUCCGACGAGCUACGCCUGAAGAACUGUCUACACUUGAGGAUGUGUGCGCAGUUUGCCUUGGCAGUAUGAAGUCAGCCCGCGUCACUCCUUGUGCCCACUUCUUCCACGCAGAUUGUUUAAGGCGAUGUCUUGCGACAUCUGACAGAUGUCCAAUUUGCAUGAGACCGUACGUCUUUUGCUGA